AUGGUUUUCAAUUUAAGCGAUGCGAUUUCAGCAUCUAAAGCUGCAAAUCGCAUCCCACUGUGUGCAGCAUCAUCUGUGGAUCAAUGUGAAGGCGAGCCUCAGAUUUUGCACUAUGUAGUCACUGAUAUAACGCUCGACGUUUAUGAGUCAGAGACAAAUAAACUGCGACAAAGUGAAUAUUGGAUCAAUCUCAUACAGAUAGAAUAUAAAUUAAAUCAAAUUACUUUGACUUUUGAAAAAGAUGAACUAAUAAUCAACAGCUCUAGGGCUGAAAUCAUAUUUUACGCAGUAGGACAUAUAAUGAAACAGAUUUCAACGAAAGAUCAAUUCGAUAACUUUGGAUUUGGCCAAACCAAAUUCAGUACUGUAUUAAAUACAAAUUACGCAGCAGUAUACAGAUUUACUCAGCAUGCAAAUCUUAAAAAGCAAGAAAUUCCUCCGAAAUUACUCGAUAAAAUUUCAAAACUUGCUCAAUACGGGGAAACAACACUAAAUUUGCAAGAUUUCAUGCAAUACACAGAAUUUCUACCAAAUGUAUUUGAAAUAUUGCCACUUAUUCGGACAUUAUCUACAUUGAAAAUUUCAAAUCCAAGAAAUAUUCCAAAUUUAGAGACAUAUUUUGCAUAUUUAUCUAAAAUAAAACGAUUCGAGAUAACAGGCAAAUCAGGAAAUACAAUAAUUCCUGCUCUUUCCCAGUUUUUAUCCAUGAAAAAACUACAAAUACAGUCAAUCUCUUUAGAAAACACGGAAAUGACACUAGAUGAAGUCAAGAAGUUCGGUAAGAUAUGCAAAAGUCUUAAAAUUACAUCACUUGGGCUUCAUAAUAUCACUGAAGAUUCAGAAUCAUCGGAUUACCUUGUUACAAAGUUUCUUUCUCCACAACUUACGAAGAACUUAACUGUUUUAGACUUCUCAGGAACAAAAAAACUCGAUGUUUCACGUGUUUUACCUCGAAUUCCCUCAAUUUUUGCUUUAAACCUUUCAAACAUCGAUACAGAAAUAUCCGAAAUCUUUGAACUGAUGUCCAACUCUCCUCUUCCCCAUUUAAAGUAUUUAGAUAUCAGUCAGAAUCCCUCGAAAAAACCAAUUUCUUUCAUUUCUAAGUUGCCACAAAACUUGUUUUCUAUUUUUGCAGAUUUUGUGAACUGGGAAAAUGACACUUUUUUAGUUUUUAUGCAGUACAUGAUAGGAAAGAAUCCAAUAAAAGGAUUGAAACUAUCUGUAUCUCAUGCAAACUGCGAAAACAAAAUUUGGCAACAAAUUUUUUCAAUGAUGAAAGAAACAUCAACGAAUAACUUGUCAGGACUGAUUUGGGACAAUAAUCCAUUAAGUAGUUCUUUGUUUGUAUUCUUACAAAAGCAGGUUUUGCUGAGUUAUUUAAGUCUUUGUUUUUGUUUCGAUGAAAAAUGUCAAAAUUUUGUCCAAAAUUUGGCAAAUUUUGUUGCAAUUUCUCCUUCUCUGCUUUUCUUAAAGAUCAGAGGAGACAAACAACAAAAAGUAAUUGGCCAGAACUGCGGACAAUUGAUCAGAUCCGUUUUGAAAUCGAAUUUGAUCCAUUUUGACAUUUCUGACAAUAAAAUUUCUGACACAGGAAUUUACAAUUUACAAAAUUUAGUUUGUAAUAACGAAACGUUAGAAUUACUUAUGUUUGAUGGAUCAUCACCAUCCAAUGUUAAUAGCUAUCUUGAUUUGCUUAGAAAAUGCUCACAGGCAAGUUCGAAAUUGUUGAUUUCUUUUCCUUCAGAUGAUUUGGAUUCUUUAUAUAAUUGGAUGAAAAUUUCAAAAGAAGAAAAAAGUGAAAUAAUGAAUUUAUAUAAACAAAAGGUCUAUUUGAAAGAGGAGAAUUCUUUUCCAAUACCUAAAGAUAGUCCCUUCAUGAAACCUUUCAACUGUUUCAAGUAUUACUAUAAAAGUAAUUUCCCUCAAAUUUUAUCAAAUGAACAAAUUGAUUUAAUCAAAAAAGUGACACAACCAAAUAUUUCAAUACCCGAAAAAAUACCAGAGAAAAAGAAAAUACCAAUAACACCACAUAGAGCUAGUUAUUACGGGGAAAGUGAAAAGAUGAUGAAAUUGUCACUUUCUGAUAGAAGAUUCGCGAUGACUCCUCAACCAUCGUUCAAAAAGAAGAAUCCUUUUGUUUCCUCAUCGAGCUCUAAUAGAUUCUUUGAUUCUCCUGUUGCUCAAUCUUCUGAUUCCUCCAAACAAGUCUCAUUUAAAUUGAAUUUGAGUGAUUCUUCAAAAAUUGAAGAGCAAUUGUAUGAAUCGAAUUCUGUGGAGUCGAAGCAAUCCGAUGUAUUUGAUAUGGUAGAUCAGCCUGAAGACAAUAAAGAGAAAAAAGAAGAAAUUGAAGAAAGAAUUGAAAUUUUCAGAAGAUCUUCUUUUGAAGAAACUGAACAAAAGUGUGAGGAAACGAUUGCUGGAAGAGAUGAAAAUGGAAAUAUACUCCCUCUACGUCCAAAGCAUCGAAAGAGAAAAUCUAAGAAUAAAGUUGUUUGA